CACCGUGACGCACUGACGGCGACGUCGGGGUUUGUGUGCGCGAGAGGCCGCCGAUAAAGGUUGGGUGCCUCGCGCCGGGGGCCGUUGGGAGGGAGCGCGCCCCCGCCCCCUCCCCGGCCCCCACUCCUGUACCGCCGCUGCCGGGGACCCGCCUUCCCGUCGACCCCUGCGGGAAGGCGCUGGGUCUCCCUCGCUCUUUCCCGGGUCGGGGCCGCAGGUGUGAUGGUCGGCUCCCACGCGGACAUGGCACCGGCCUCUACCGCAGAGGGGGCCGGGGAGAAGCCCGGCCCCGUGGCUCCGGCUCCCUCGGCCCAGUAUGAGUGUGGGGAGUGCGGCAAGUCCUUCCGCUGGUCAUCUCGGCUCCUGCACCAUCAGCGCACGCACACCGGAGAGCGACCCUACAAGUGCCCCGACUGUCCCAAGGCCUUCAAGGGCUCCUCCGCCCUGCUCUAUCACCAGCGGGGCCACACGGGGGAGCGGCCCUACCAGUGUCCCGACUGCCCCAAGGCCUUCAAGCGCUCGUCGCUGCUGCAGAUCCACCGCAGCGUGCACACGGGCCUACGGGCCUUCACCUGCGGCCAGUGCGGCCUGGCCUUCAAGUGGUCGUCACACUACCAGUACCAUCUGCGCCAGCACACGGGCGAGCGGCCCUACCCGUGCCCGGACUGCACCAAGGCCUUCAAGAACUCGUCCAGCCUGCGGCGCCACCGGCACGUGCACACGGGCGAGCGGCCCUACACCUGCGGUGUGUGCGGCAAGAGCUUCACGCAGAGCACCAACCUGCGGCAGCACCAGCGCGUGCACACGGGCGAGCGGCCGUUCCGCUGCCCGCUCUGCCCCAAGACCUUCACGCACUCCUCCAACCUGCUGCUGCACCAGCGCACCCACGGCAGCGCCGCGCCUGCCCCCGCCCCCGGCGCCGCCCCCGCCCCCGCCCCCCCGCGGGAGCCUGGCAGCAAGGGCCUGGUUCCCGAGGCCUACCUGCAGCGGCACCUCCAGCCCCCCAGCCCCCCAGCGCCCCCGCCGCCAGCGCCCCCGCCCGUGGUGCCCGAGCUUUUUCUGGCGGCGGCCGAAACCACGGUGGAGCUGGUGUUCCGCUGCGACGGCUGCGAGCUGGGCUUUGGCAGCGAGGAGCUGCUCCUGGAGCACCAGCCCUGCCCCGGGCCGGAGGCGCCGCCCCCACCGCCGCCCCAGGGCGCGCCCACAGAGGCUCCCAAGGCCGCCCCGCCGCCGCCGCCGCCGCCGCCGCCCUCCCCCCUGCCGCAGCCCCCUGCCGCCGCCGCCGCCGCCCCUGGCUUCGCCUGCCUCCCCUGCGGGAAGUCGUUCCGGACGGUGGCUGGCCUCUCCCGCCACCAGCACAGCCACGGGGCUGCAGGUGGGCAGGCCUUCCGCUGCGGCAGCUGUGACGGCGCCUUCCCGCAGCUGGCCAGCCUCCUGGCGCACCAGCAGUGCCACGUGGAAGAGGCCGCGGCCGGGCGCCCGCCCCCGCAGGCCGAGGCUGCCGAGGUUACCUGUCCCCAGGAACCCCUGGCCCCUGCCGCCGCCCCGCCGGCCUCCACGCCCGCCCCGGCUUCUGUGGAGCGGCCGUACAAGUGCGCCGAGUGCGGGAAAGCCUUCAAGGGCUCGUCGGGACUGCGCUACCACCUGCGGGAUCACACGGGCGAGCGGCCCUACCAGUGCGGCGAGUGUGGCAAGGCCUUCAAGCGCUCGUCGCUGCUGGCCAUCCACCAGCGCGUGCACACGGGCCUGCGGGCCUUCACCUGCAGUCAGUGCGGACUCACCUUCAAGUGGUCUUCCCACUACCAGUACCACCUUCGGCUGCACUCAGGCGAGCGGCCCUAUGCCUGCGGGGAGUGCGGCAAAGCCUUCCGCAACACGUCGUGCCUGCGGCGCCACCGGCACGUGCACACGGGCGAGCGGCCCCACGCCUGCGGUGUCUGCGGCAAGAGCUUCGCCCAGACCUCCAACCUGCGGCAGCACCAGCGCGUGCACACGGGCGAGCGGCCGUUCCGCUGCCCGCUCUGCCCCAAGACCUUCACGCACUCCUCCAACCUGCUGCUGCACCAGCGCACGCACUCGGCUGAACGGCCCUUCGCCUGCCCUAUCUGCGGCCGCAGCUUUGUCAUGGCCGCCUACCUGCAGCGGCACCUGAGGACGCAUGCCCCGGCCAACACCACUUCUGGCUCUGCAGCGCCCCCUGCCGGCCCCCAGCCCCCUGCCCCACUGGCUGCCGCUCCAGCCCCUUCUGCUACCCAAGAUGUCCACGUCCUCCCCCACCUCCAAGCCACACUCUCCCUAGAGGUGGCAGGGGGUACGGCCCAGGCCCCACCGCCGGGCCCAGCAGCCCCCAACUCCCAGACGUUUCUCCUGGUGCAGACCGCACAGGGCCUCCAGCUGAUUCCCAGCAGCGUCCAGCCCCCCACACCCCCGCCCCCACCUGCACCCCCCAAACUCAUUCUGCUUCCCUCUGGUACUGGUGGUGGGGGCAGCCGUGCAAGGCAGGGCCCAGGGACAGUGGGGAAGGCUGGUCAGGGGGCUGGGGUCGUUUGGCUGCCAGGCCCUGGGGGGCUGGGGGUUCAGGGAAGGAGCAACACCACAGCCAGCACAGGUGGGCAGAGCCUUAUAGUUCUGCAGAAUGUGGGGGGUGGGGAGACAGGGCCACAGGAAGUGAGCGGGGUCCAGCUCCAGCCCCUUCGGCCAGCGCCGGAACUGACCACAGUCCAGCUCCAGCCGGCCCAAGAGGUGACCACGGUCCAGCUCCAGCCAGCCCAGGAGGUGGCCACGGUCCAGCUCCAGCCGGCCCAGGAGGUGACCACGGUCCAGCUCCAGCCUGUGGCGGGUCAGCUGUCCAGUUCCAGUGGGGGAGCCGUGGCCACCGAGGCCCCUAACUUGCUGGUGGUUCAAGGUGGGGCAGCUGAGGAAUUGCUGGCAGCACCUGGCUCUGGGGAGCCUGGUGAUGGUGAGGCCAGCACAGGUGUGGUCCAGGAUGUGCUCCUGGAGACGCUGCAGACGGAUGAGGGGUUGCAGAGUGUGCUAGUGCUGAGCGGGGCUGACGGGGAGCAGACGCAGCUGUGCGUGCAGGAGGUAGAGACCCUACCCCCAGGGCUGGCAGAGCCUCCAGCCCCGGGCCCACCGGGACAGAAACUGCUCAUCAUCCGCAGUGCUGCAGCCACCGACCUGCUGGAGAACAGUAGCGUGGGGGGAGGUACCGCUGCACUGCAGCUGCUGACCCCACCACCGGGCCCAGCCUCUGCUCCAGCGGGCAUCCCUGGGGCUCCUGCUUCCCAGAUGGUCCAAGUGGUCCCUGCUGGAGCUGCACCUGGGGGUAUGACCCCACAGGGACUACCCUCCAUCCAGAUUGUCCAGACUCUGCCCGCAGUCCAGCUGGUGCACACGUUUUGAGUAGAACCACUGGUACCUCUUCCCGCCCCACACAGAGACCCUGACUCACUGUCCGCAUUGGCUGGGCUGAGCUGAGCUGUGGGCAGGGGAGCUGCAGGCUGGGCUUGCUAAUAAAGACAAGAAUCGUC